AUGCUGGAGAAUUUCUGGUUCAUUUCAUGUCCUCUUGUUGUUGCUGCCUACAAUCCUGGACUCUGUGGCCACCCGCUCGAGUCUUGCCAAAAGAAGUCCAAGAGUGUGGUUAGGGUUUUCAUGUCCAAUGACGGAAAUAUUAUGAUGGCAGCAGCUGAUGAAUUCCACCAGCUUGGUACUCUAACUAUAACGUCAUCAAAUCCCUAG